GUAGACUUUCUUGCGUCGACAACAAGGCGCCUCGCCAUUGACGAAACGCUUGUUUCCAGCCCCUCCGCAUCCGAGAAACAUCUUCUCCCCAUCUCCAACUACACAAAAGAAACUUUACUCUUGGCGACAAACUUUGCUGUUCCCCAGCAGCUGCCAUCACCGUCGUCAUCGCCACAUUCAGCCAGACUGGGCCAACACUGGCCUUCGCAUCCUCGACGCUUUUCCUGCCGAAUGACCGGCACUUUGACUUGGUCGACUUUCCAAUAGAAUAGCCUGCUGUCCUUCGGCAUGGCUGGGAGAAUACCUCCUACCGGAGCCCCCGGCGGCUCCAAGUCCAAUGGCAACGACCUGCUCUUGGAUCUCGACAACGAGCAACCAAUCUACAAUCAGGGCCAACGCUCCACAGUAAACGACGACGACUUGCUGCGAGCGUAUAACCAGGACAACGAUGCCGGACGUCCAUCCGUCUCCUACGAUGACUUUGUCGGCGGAGGAGCGCCUCCCUAUUCCUCCCCUCCGCGCGGCGGCGCCAGUGGCAGCAGCGGUGCCCAUCUCCAGACCCCUAAAGGUGACGCGGCCGGUCCUUACAUGACCCGACAGUACAGCCAAACAUCAGAGCUCGGAAACUACCAGCGCUAUGCAGAUGACUUCGAUGACUACCCCAAUGAGGGCGAAUCCUACUACCACCAAGGCGACUCUGUCGCUGGCGACACGCCGUCUCGGUUUGCUAUGAACAAUGCCCGCAACCGAAACAGUGUUCUCAGCAUGGGCGGCGGCUUCAUGGGCCGAGUCAAAAACAGGCUUGGCAUGGGCGGUGGCUACUCUGAGAUGGAUCUUCCCUUGACAACUUCUCGAGGUGGUCCCAGCAGUGCGAAUGCCCCCAACGAGGCUCAGAAAAGCAAAGGCUUCGAUAUGAACUUCAAGUUCGGCUUCGGACGCAACAAGGUUGACCCUGCUACGCUCGGUCCUCGUAUCAUCCACCUCAACAACCCGCCUGCGAACUCGGCGAAUAAAUAUGUCGACAACCAUAUUUCGACUGCCAAAUACAACUUCGCCACCUUCCUUCCCAAAUUCCUCUUUGAACAAUUUUCUAAAUUCGCCAAUAUCUUCUUCUUAUUUACUGCAGGCCUGCAGCAGUUCAAGGGCCUCUCCCCCACGAACCGUUAUACUACCAUUGCUCCCCUCAUUGUUGUGCUGUGUAUCUCAGCCGGUAAGGAAUUGGUGGAGGAUUAUCGCCGAAAACAGGCUGAUAGUGCGCUCAACAACUCCAAAGCACAUGUCCUGCGAGGAUCCAACUUUACAGAAACAAAAUGGGUCAAUGUUGCAGUGGGCGAUGUUGUGCGAGUCGAAUCGGAGCAGCCUUUCCCAGCCGAUUUGGUGCUAUUGGCUAGUUCCGAGCCGGAAGGUCUAUGCUAUAUCGAAACUGCCAAUCUUGAUGGUGAAACCAACUUGAAGAUCAAGCAAGCUCUUCCAGAAACCUCAAGCAUGGUCUCCCCAAGCGAGCUAAGCCGGCUUGGUGGUCGAAUCAAGUCUGAACAGCCAAACUCUAGUCUUUACACCUAUGAAGCGACUUUAACCGUACAGACAGGUGGCGGCGAGAAGGAGCUCGCUCUUAACCCGGAACAGCUCCUCCUUCGCGGUGCGACUCUCCGCAAUACCCCUUGGAUCCACGGCGUUGUCGUUUUCACCGGCCACGAGACGAAGCUCAUGCGAAAUGCCACUGCCGCACCAAUUAAGCGAACCAAGGUUGAGAAGCAGCUGAACUGGCUAGUUUUGGUUCUCGUUGGAAUGCUGCUUGUUCUCAGCAUUAUCAGCACAAUUGGCGACCUUAUCAUCCGCGCGACCAAGAUUGAAACUCUGUCAUACCUGUAUCUUGAUCCGAUCAGCGUCCAGCUCUUCUUCAAGGAUAUGGUUACAUACUGGGUUCUCUUCUCCUCCCUGGUUCCCAUUUCACUUUUUGUUACUGUGGAAUUGGUUAAAUAUUGGCACGGAAUUCUCAUCAACGACGACAUGGAUAUGUACUACGAUAAGAACGAUACACCCGCGACCUGCAGAACGUCCAGUUUGGUUGAGGAGCUGGGCAUGGUCGAGUUUGUCUUUUCGGAUAAAACUGGUACGCUAACAUGCAACCAAAUGGAAUUCAAACAGUGCUCCAUUGCUGGAAUCAUGUACUCCGAGGUGGUCCCCGAAGACCGACGUGCUACAGCCGUCGAUGAUGGUGAAAUUGGUAUCCACGACUUCAACGCUCUUCGCUCCAACUUGAAAAAUGGCCAUGCCAGUGCUGCUGCCAUCGAUCAUUUCCUCGCCCUACUCGCUACCUGCCAUACUGUCAUCCCUGAAAUUGACGAAAAGGGCAAGAUCAAAUACCAAGCCGCUUCUCCUGAUGAAGGCGCCCUCGUUUCUGGUGCCUUGGAUCUCGGUUACAAGUUCACUGCCCGAAAGCCCAAGGCUGUUAUUAUUGAGGCUAAUGGCCAAGAGCUUGAAUAUGAACUGCUGGCUGUGUGUGAGUUCAACUCCACGCGCAAGCGUAUGUCUGCUAUCUAUCGCUGCCCGGAUGGUAAAAUCCGCGUCUACUGCAAGGGUGCCGAUACUGUUAUUCUGGAACGCCUAAACGAUCAAAACCCCCAUGUCGAGAUCACUCUCCGCCAUCUAGAAGAAUAUGCCUCUGAAGGUCUCCGAACCCUGUGUCUCGCUAUGCGCGAGGUCCCUGAACAAGAAUUUGAGGAGUGGUACCGCAUUUUUGAUGCUGCGUCUACUACAGUUGGUGGUACGCGUGCCGAAGAGUUGGAUAAGGCUGCUGAAAUCAUCGAGCAUGACUUCUUCCUUCUCGGUGCAACGGCUAUUGAAGAUCGUCUCCAAGAUGGCGUCCCUGAGACCAUUCAUACUCUCCAGCAAGCUAACAUCAAGGUUUGGGUUUUGACUGGUGACAGACAGGAAACAGCCAUCAACAUUGGUAUGAGUUGCAAGCUUCUAAGCGAAGACAUGAUGCUCCUCAUUGUCAAUGAAGAGACGGCCGCAGGCACCCGCGAUAACAUCCAAAAGAAACUCGACGCUAUCCGAACACAGGGCGAUGGAACCAUUGAGACAGAGACAUUGGCCCUUGUUAUUGAUGGCAAAUCACUUACCUAUGCUCUUGAGAAGGACCUUGAGAAGCUCUUCCUUGACCUUGCCAUCAUGUGCAAGGCGGUCAUUUGCUGCCGUGUAUCACCUUUGCAGAAAGCCCUUGUUGUCAAGCUUGUCAAGAAGUACCAGAAGCAAUCGAUCUUGCUGGCCAUUGGUGACGGUGCCAACGAUGUUUCAAUGAUCCAAGCAGCGCAUAUUGGUGUUGGUAUUAGUGGCGAAGAAGGUUUGCAAGCUGCGCGCAGUGCAGACGUGGCUAUUGCGCAGUUCCGUUUCCUGCGUAAGCUGCUUCUUGUACAUGGUGCUUGGAGCUACCAGCGUGUGAGCAAGACGAUUCUGUUUUCAUUCUACAAAAACAUUGCUCUAUAUCUGACACAAUUCUGGUUUGCCUUUGAAAACGUCUUUUCCGGUCAGAUUCUCUAUGAAUCUUGGACCCUGUCUUUCUACAACGUCUUCUUUACUGUUUUCCCGCCUCUCGCCAUUGGUAUUCUCGACCAGUUUAUUUCUGCUCGUCUCCUCGACCGUUACCCUCAGCUCUACGUCAUGGGACAGCAAAACUCGUCGUUCAAGCUUAAGGUGUUUGCCCAGUGGAUUCUGACCGCCAUCUACCAUUCUGCCAUCCUCUAUAUUUUCGGCUCUUUGAUCUGGGCCGGCGAUCUCAUCCAAGAGGACGGCAAGACAGCCGGUCACUGGCAGUGGGGUGUAAGUCUGUACGGUGCCACCUUGCUGACCGUGCUCGGCAAGGCAGGCCUCGUUACGAGCAACUGGACCAAGUAUCACGUCAUGGCCAUUCCCGGUAGCAUGGUUGUCUGGAUCGGAUUCAUCGGUAUCUACGGUACAGUGGCACCCAUGAUUCCCUUCUCAGCAGAAUACCGCGGCAUCAUCCCCAGACUGUACACUAGCCCUGUAUUCUGGGCCCAAACCAUUGCCCUCGCAUGUCUCUGCCUCCUUCGCGAUUUCGUCUGGAAAUACGCAAAGCGCAUGUACCGUCCCCAAACCUAUCACCACAUUCAGGAGAUUCAAAAGUACAACAUUCAGGAUUAUCGCCCCAGAAUGGAACAAUUCCAAAAGGCUAUCCGCAAGGUCCGCCAAGUCCAGCGUAUGCGCAAGCAGCGUGGCUAUGCCUUUUCACAGGCUGACGAAAGCCAAACGCGUGUUUUGCAAGCAUAUGACACCACCAAGAACAGAGGAAGAUAUGGCGAGAUGGUCAGCUCGAGACCGGGCCAGUAGUGUCUGCCUUUACUAUAUUAUGUGUUUUAAAAUCCGGCAUAUUUCUUUUUUUCUAUUAUUAUCGCCAUUGACAUCAUUAUUAUUGGCGUCUGCGUCUAUAGCGCCAGAGAAUACAGGAUUCUUUAUAGCCCUGCUUUGGGAUGGUAUCGCCUUUUUGCCAUCUUGCACCUUCGUCUAGUGAAACCUGAGACGCUUGUUGUUACGAGCGUCCGCUGUUUUUGUACCAUAGAUUUGUGUUAUCUCCAAGCAAGAAAGAUCGAAUGCAGUUACAAAUAAUUCGCAAAUGUCUGAAAGUUGUGUACAUGUAUCCCCGAAGUGAUGAAGUAAAGUAGAAUAAGUUUUGCUUUGGUCAACGUCGUCUUGUGUGUUAUAAGACGCGGUAAUCUUGGAUUGGUGUGCUAGCUAAGUACAUUGUAUCGGAUGGUGCUUUGAAGCCUCCGUAGUAAACAAGUGCAGCGUACAUGAGUAUUGCCAACUCAGUACAGCCCAGACCAACUCGCAGAACAAAAAAAAAACUAAAAAAUAACUUCUAGAAGAAACGUCUUUAUCCAAAAACAUUUCGAGUGUAUAUUUUCUAAAACAUAAUAUUGCUCUUUUUUUUAUAAAUACAAGAGCAAGGACAAAGUAUAAAAGUAAGAAAAAAACGCCGAGAGAGUAAUAUGCCGAUCCCUUUUUUUAUGGUUCCGUUUUCCGAAUGAGAUAAGAAUAAAGCGCGCCGUGUUAAAAGAGUUCCCGAUAUGUAGUUGAAUGUGUAGAGUGGUGUCGUAAUGGCAUUAAAUGUUGGAAGUAGAUGUUGAAAGUGGUGAGAAAGAUUUGGUUGCGGGUCGUGGUUCCGCGAUCGGACCCACGGUGACGCGCACCUGGUAUUUUGUUGUAAUAUUCUUGGCUUUUUGGCUUGGGUCGAUUACCUGGUCAGGAUCGGGGUAACCAGCUCGGUGCUCUUGCUUCGCGAGUAUCCGUAUGGUUGUCUCGUAGGCAGAGGUCGCUCAGCAGCGCCGUUGUAGUGGUAGUAACCAGGGUCGAAGGUGGCUGAAGUCAUGUAUCCAGGCUUGUGGUACGAAUCCUCAUUGCUGGACACCGAGGGAGCCGCACUAGCUCUGCGGAAGGGCCAGAUGCUGCCGCUGGUUGGUGAUACUGGCGAGGGAGGUCGAACAGCCAUGUUGUUCAGCGAGUAGCGGAGGGCCUCAACAGCACUCUCGUGGUGCGAGUGGUACUCGUCGUAGCUCGAGGGCGAGCUGGCAAAGAGAGUCGAUGUCGGGCGAGAUGGUGAUGCUUGAGGAAUAAUAUCUCUGGCAGGCUCGU